GCACUGACAGCAGUAGCUCAGGAUAUAGGUUAAAGCAGCUAACACUCUUGUAGAAAGAAGUCACACAAAGCUCUGCAGGGCCAGAAUUUCCUCUCUGUUAAUGGAAACUGCUCUGAAUGGGUGACUCACGGAGAUGUGAGCCCCAUAAAGCAAACUAUUUACAUCCUCAAAUGAGCUCUGUGACGGAUCACCUACAUAGCACAUAUGCGUAGACAGAGUGGGGAUGGGUUGCUGUAAUGGAAGUAUGUGAUGAAACAAAAAGCAGCAGCACUUCGUGGAUUCUAACAUCCAGACUGGCUGUUUCUUUGCACGCAGCUCACUCCACAGCCUUCAAAGAACACACAAGAUUCAAGAAUUCUACAAGCCAAGGGGAGCAAGUCAACAAGCAGUGCUAGAGAUAGCCCAAAGGGCAAGAGAGCUUACCUCUGAAACGCCAGGGAAGCGGCUUGGUCUGCAGAACAGGAACAUACACUGUCCACCUGAUGACAGGCUGCCAAAUCCAAAAUGAAACAGCAUCAGUGUCAGUAACUCAUGUGUGAAAAGCACCAGGUAAAGUAACAACAGUUACAGGGAGGCAGAUGAAGGUGGUUUCUGGGCUCUAACAAAAAGAUUUUUUAAAGGGUUUAUUUACAGACAACAUCUGCUGUGAAAGAAUUGGCUGCAAGAAAGAACCAGGUAUCCCUGUGCAUUUGGAUUUGUAAGUGAUUCUGACAGCAGAAACCAAUGAGAGCUUUCCUGAUCCUUAUCAGGAUAGCCUGAGGGCAGGGUCCAGCCUUCUUCUAACAGAGGAUUACUUCAGGACCCCUGCUCAGACCUGCCUACCUUGAUAUUUUUAAUCCCCUCUCAGGGAGAAGAAACCGCUGCACAUUUGCUGCACUCUGCAGCAGACAGCAGUUUACCAGCUGGGUAAGUCUGGCUAAUUUAAGUAAAUGUUUGGGUUCCUAAGUUUCAUUUUUCUUCUGAAGACUUAGUCUCUACAGGUUGGGAAGCCAGCACACCGAGAAGAAAAAUUGUCUGCAGGUCUGCAAACACUUACAGAUGUCAUUGGCCUUUGUAUCAGGUUUUAGAUGUGGUCUUCAGUCUUCCUUGUGGUGCAGCUGAUUUUCUUCUCUUUCAGUAUACUUGGAGACAUGAAUGACACCUGUACCAACAGCAGUAUCAACCCCAGAGUAGAACUGUUCCAGCUGAUCAUGUACACUCCCACAUUUAUCCUGGGAUUGCUGUUCAAUGUGAUGGCCCUCUCGUUCCUGUUUUUUCCAGCUAAAAAGCUGUCAGAAUCUACAGUCUACCUGAUAGCCCUUAUUUUCCUGGAUACGUUGCUGCUGUUCACUCUUCCUUUUAAAAUCGUUUCCUAUCACCUUCAGAACAAGUGGAAAUUCGGGUCUAUAUUUUGUUCCAUCUUGGAGAGUCUUUACUUUAUAAAUAUGUAUGGCAGCAUCCUCAUCUCCCUCUGCAUCUGCGUAGACCGCUACAUCGCAAUCCAGCACCCUUUCAUGGCUCCCAUCCUGCGCUCCACCAAGAAAGCUACUCUGGUCUGUGCUGUCAUCUGCCUGAGCAUCUCGGCUGGGACUGUGUCUACUUCCCAGUUUCAUGAGGAGAGCUACAACACCACCUCAUCCUGCUUCCACAACUUCUCCAAAAGCACAUGGGAAAACACAGGCCUGAUAAUCACCCUGGAGAUGAUCUUCUUUGGCAGCAUGAUGGCCAUGGCCUUCUGCACCAUUCAGAUCGUCAGGUGUCUGAGAAACCACAGGAAAUCAGAGAACUGCCAGACACACAUGACCAGAGCAGAGAAGGUAGUAGUGACAAACUUUGUCACGUUUUUGGUCUGUUUCACACCUUACCACGUGAUGUUCUUCUUGUACUUUUUGGUGAGAAAUAGCAUCAUGCACGUCCCUUGUCACACUGUGCUACGGGACAUCCUUCAAGUCACGCUUUGCUGGGCUAAUCUGAACUGCUGUCUGGAUGCAGUCUGUUACUAUUUUGUUUUAAAGGAGUCUGCAGAAGGUUCGUUGCAAAACAAAGUGAGAAAUCACCAAGAAGAAAGCUUUGAUCCGCACACUGAACGUUAGUUACUUCGCUCAACAAGUGGAGAUGCUACCCAGUAAGGUACAGGACCAUGAACUACUUUUUUAAAUCAUUUACUUUAAAUACUCAAAUGUGAAAAUAUUUCAUAAAAAGAACAGAACUGAGUCCAUUCUCAGGGCUCCUAGCCUAUUUGCUUCCCUUCCACAGUGCCACAGUGCUUUGUGUUGUCAUUUAUGGAUAAAAAGAAUUGAAAUUAUUUCUUGUAAAUAGUGAUGCAUAUC